GGCCGCGCGACUUGAGGUUGCCACGGUUACCGAUGCCGUGAGGCGGCUGAGGGAAAGGGGCCGCCGCUCCCUCAGCGCGGCGCGAGCGGGGCCGGGCAGGGCCGGGGGAUCCGCUCCCGGGGAUCCGCUCUCAGGGAUCCGCUCUCAGGGAUCCGCUCCCGGGGAGCCGCCGCGCGCGGGGUCUCGCGCCGUCUCCCGCUGCCGCCGCGGCUCCCGCGCCGUCUCCUCGCGGUGCUGAAAUUGCAAAGGUUGAAGAAAAAUGUGAUUGGAGGGGAGAGUGAUGCUCAUGGCAGGCUAACUAAACAAAUGAGCAGCUGUUUAGCGUUCACAAGGGUCCUAGACUGCAGACAAAUGUUCUUAUCUGCAUAAAGCUGUGCCAGUGGGAGGAGUUCCUUGUCACUGUCAGGCAAAAAUCAGAUUUAAAACAAAAAUGAGUGAAUUGGACCAUGGAACAUUCUUUACAACUCAUAGGACUAGUGAUGUAGAAAAUCUUGUGGUUCCUAUGAGAAAUGGUCUUUGCAGUCAGAGGUAUAAACCCAUUGACUAUAAACAUCUGUAUGAACUUGCCACUGAAGAAAAAAAGGCAUCUACUAAAAUUCAGUUAAAGGUUAAAAAAAUGGAACAAAUUUCAAAAAUUAACAAAGAGCAAACACUGUUGAAACAGCAUCACCAAGUAUGGUGGCAAGAGCAUAAAAGACUGAGUGAGAAUAGACAAAAAGCAGAAGCAGAAAUACAGACUUUUCUUGAUGAAGGAGGCCAAAAGUAUGACUUUUUUUUGGAUAUGUGGAACUUGGCGCAUAAAUUAUCAGAGGAGCGGAAUGCAUACCAAACAAGUACUGUAGUUCCUAUCUGGCAACUAAGAGAGAAUUUGAAAUUCAGGCUGUCUGAAAUGCAGCGUUACCCCUCAGAAGAAUCUUGUCUGACAUAUAAGUUCAAUCCAGCUGAGGUGUUACAGCAGAUAGACUUUGUGAAGAAACAACAGAAAGCAGUUUUGGAAUUCCUUAACCUUGAAAGUCUGGCUUUGGAAAAAGAGCUUGAAGACUCUAAAACAAAACAUUUUUUAUUACAGGCAUUAGCACAAUCUUUUGAAGAGGAAAAUGGACUUUUCCAUAAAGUUCCUUCAGCACUACUGUCUUUGGAAUGCCCCUGUCCCUAUUUGAAGACCUUGGUUAUCGAUGAGUACCGUAAGCUUGCAAGUGAAUACUGGUCUAAGCUUCAGGAGAUUGAUCAACAGUUAAAUGUCAUAUAUAGGAACAUGAACUGGAAAGAUGACGACCAGUGGGUUUAUCAGAGUGUUCUCAAUCAGUAUCCAAGUGACCUUCAGAGAAGGAGGACUUUGUACCUUGAUGCGUUGCAGAGAUAUCUUCCUCACAAAUCUAGGCAUGAUCUGAUUGUUCAUGAGAAAGCUUGGGAUCAUUACCGUUUCACUAGGAAUCAACGCAAACUUCUGAUAUUAAAUUGGGCUCAAGCUAGGAAAGCCUUUUUACUGAAGGCAGUGACAGCUGUUGCUGAAGCCUCUGCUGCUCGUGAGAUGGAAGUAGCGUUGGCUGAUACCAGACGAAAGCAACGGGAGCUCUGUGCUGAUCUGAAAGCAAAGGUUCUUCAGUGGAGAGUGCAACAGGAGGAGGCUGCUAAACUGGAAGCUGCUAUAGCUACCAGAAGAAAACGAAGGAAAGAUGAGAAAGAAAGGGUGCAGAAAGAGCAGGAGGUGAUUCGUAGAGCACAAGAGAAAGAAAAAGUGAAAAAAUACUGGGCUGAGAAACAGCUCAAGCGGCAAGAACAGGAAGAGAAAUAUAUACAGUGUCUGGAAGAAUUAAGAAAAUUAAUGGCUGAACAAGCAAUUAAAGACAGAGAAAGGGUGAAGUUUAGACAAGCGUUGUUAGAAAAACGGUUGCUGGAGAAAAAGGAACUGGCCCUUCAAGAAGCACACGAAGCUGCAGAGAAAGAGAAAAGCCUGGAAGCACUCCGACAGCAGGUUGGUGUUGUUGCAAAAUUAGAUCCAGCGAGAGCGGUGUCUGAUACGGUGGCAUCUAAAGCGAGGAUGGGCAUUGGGACUGAAGAAGAGUUUGUUCUUCAAAAGCCGCUAUUUAAGCUGCAUACAUACAAUGAGCAACAGAUCAUUUCAGACCCUAGACUUCGUGUUGAGCUAGCUCUCCGAGAAGCUGGGCUUCAUAAAACACUUUACGCAAAAGAGAUUUUACCAAAAAUUCCUCCAUUGAAGCUUCCGAGAAGAGAUACGGAAUCCACAGCUUUUAAGCCAUAGAGGACAUCACGUAUCGCGAACUGAGAGAGUGCUGGGGUAUAUGUGCUUGGCUCUUGUGUGAGACCCUGGAUAAACUUCCCACAGGCUGUUUCAUGGAACUGCUGUGUCUGCACUCAUUUUGGAAAGCCGUUUGCGUUUCCCGUGUGGUGCUGAGCAAACCGCUUUGCACUCCCCCACAAUCCUGAGCAAAGCUUCAUAACUUCCUAUUCUUUAGGAACACAAUAUGCUGAAAUCGUAAUUUAAUUGUUUCAAGUCGAAUCGAAACACUUCAAAAAAGCUGCCGCAAGAUUGGGUAUGAAGGGAGCCACUUGGAAGAUUUAUAUGCGAUUUAUGCCGACGUUUUCCCCAGCAGUGUUUUCCACAGCUCUGCUCUGAACUGGGCGGGUUUGGUGUUUCAGGAGGGCCGGGGCCUCCCGUUCCUGAGGCUCCCCUCCUCGCCCCUUGAAGCUGCGUGACCGAAUGACGUUUACCCAAGGAACCCCGUCGCCCCGGCUGGCGCCCGCCGUGGCGGCGGUUCUGCGGGCGUCUCACGGGCGCAGGCGGUCGCGGCACAGCCCUGCAGGACUGGCAGUGUCCCUUCCCACCGGAGCGUGGGACGUCGGCGCAGAGGUGUCCGCAAGACUCUCGCAGAAACUACAGGCCAGUCUGAUAAACAGCGUUCUGAGUAGGAGCUUGGUCUGUUUUGCAACUGGCCACACAAAUCCAAAAUAACUUUGCAGAAUACUCAUUUUGGAUUAUGUUAUGGUUUAUAAAUGCACCCCCCUAACUUUCAUUCCAGGUCACUUGAGAAUUUGAUUUUUUUAAUUACAAAAUCCUCAUUAUCAUUGAAUGCUUCUAUUAUUCCUUGAUUAUUAUAAGAAGGAACCUAACCUUUGUCUAUAUUUAGAAACCAAUUUGGUGCAUCAUGUUUACUGCAAACCAAUCACCCAAACAAUUUCAUAUUGCAAAUUAGUUUUUCAGAAUGAACUAUGAAAUGAGAAAUAACAUUUCAGCUCUGGGAUCUUUAUUUUGCAGCUGGAAACCAAUGAAUAUGAUUCAAUUAAAUGAAAGAGAAAUUGAUGUCAUUCUAUUUUGCAGCUCAUUUUGUUUUCAAGCCUUACAUAAGAGGAGUGUAAACUAUAUGUAAACAAGACACAAUUAGCAGUUUAACCACUAAUUUCUAAGGGCAGUAAAUAAGAGACGGAUCUGAACAUCCGUGUUUGUGUGUCUAGAUGAUGACAGGACUUCGUCAACGGGAUGCUGCAGUGCGCAGUCGUGGCUGGUGGGUCGCACACCUGCAGCGCCCGGUGCAGCAGGCAGCCCCUGCUCGCCCUGCGGGUGAGGCCCGGGGCUCGGGGCAGCCGACGGCCUCUCUCUGCUCUGCCGGCGGAUCCCUUGGUGCAGAGGCCAGGAGAGGAGUCUUACUGCUAGCCAUUUCCUACAGGUAAAAUGGGGAUGCUUGUAAGGACACGAGUUUUCAUCACAAUUUCCUAUGCUUUAUUUGUAGGAAAGAAUUUAAAAAAUUAACGUUAUUUUUGUAGAAAGACAUAUGCAAUUACUUGCAAAUAAAAAUGGUUAUUUAGAAAA